UUCCGCAAGUUUGUGCUUAUGAGUGUUCUCCAAGUGCUAUAGAUAAACAGACCGAACGCAGUGGGGGUAUGUGCACAUAUAUGUCUGUACAUUCGUUUCACUCUUGUACUAAGUUUUAAUUUAUUGGUGUUGUUAUUGUACAAUUCAUUGGAUUUACUGUCACGGAGCUAUGACUAUUGUCUACGUAAUAUAAAUGUGGAGCGCGUAAAUAUAAAAAGCCCAUAUUAACAUUGAACGUAGAGGUUGAUCAACCAUGUAUGAAUGUGACUGACUCACUUGCCUAAAUUUGAUCUACCCCACAAAAGGCAUCUCUUUAAUAUGUUUUUUAUGCUGCUUCCGGAUAAUAGGAUACAUAAUGAGGCUCUUCUGGGAGAUGCUCUAUUUACUUUGGUAUGGUGCGGUGAUAUUUACGGACGGUCUAGAGAUCCGUCAUCUGUCAACGGAUAUAGGGCAGGGUUUAGAGCGAUAUGUGAAACUACUAAAAAACUGCUCUAGAGCAAUGUUAAUCAACGAUGAUCCCCACGUUGAAGUUCGCUUUCGAGGAGACUGCUCUUCUGAUGCCGUUCGUAUCAUACACCUUGGGUUUUAUCAGCCGCGUGAAAUUAUUGUAGAGUUCGCUAUCGAAUCGCCCUAUGUGCGGUUACUAUCACUUAAACUUAACGUUCAAGAAAAUCCUCGACUCCAAGGCUUGUUGAAGAAAUCAACAAAGCUACCUACAUUGAGAGCUAAUCAAACACUUUCAAAGGUUUUAAACCUUACGGAAUGUCAGGCAAGAAUCAGGCGUCGUCCGCGAAGCGCUCCAUUGCUUGGUCUUUGUGACGACGAUCCAUACUUGUGGAGAAAUUGUAUCGAUAUUCUAGAUGUUUACACUGAGUCCAACGAAUCAGAUGAAUUCGUGCUAGCUGUGAGGUUGGCUGAUAACUUCGAGGUGAAUAUCGCCGUGGGGCUCUCUCCAAAGGCAGUACUCCCGGAGCCCUCAUUCAAUAGUCAGCUUCGAAUAGAAGUCGUACCCAGACUCCUAUCGGCGGUGUUACGUCAGGUUCUGUCCACGGACGACUCCAGUUCUUUUUUCAGGGUGAUCAGCUUGCCCUCCUCAUGCACCUUUCUGCGAGCGCUAACACGAACGAAGGUAGCGCAAUUCACCCAAGAAGCUAUCGAUAAAUUGGCGAUCGCCUUCUACUGUCGAAAACCUACUGAUGAGACUAUGGUACAACUAGAAUUAGUUACUAUGUUCGGCCAAACAUCGGACCCAUUUUUCGUCACAAUCUCUAUCCCGGUGGAUAUCGACCUGUCCUAUAACGGCGUAGUACUGGCUGGAACGACGUCUACAGUUCGAUUAACCGUAACGAGCUCCAGAGAUGCCGAAAUACGAGUGGUGCGUGGCCUACAGCGGGGUAUCCUUCUUGCUAACGGAUCACCGAUCGAUUCAUUUGGUACCAACAUGUCACUCGACUACAGUGUUCAGGGCGUAGGCACGCAUCUCGCCCGAACUGUCACUACGGAUAACCUCGUUCUCGCCUUCGGUUCGUUUCACUUUAUUGUCCCUGUAUUGCUAGUCCCAUAUGAAGAGUUGCAGCUCCAGUUAAACCCUGUCAGGGUGGUCCCCGGCAGCGGUGUUGUUCUAAGUCCGAAGCACUUGAAUUUAGCGCGUAGCCACACCGGCAGCUUCAACUUAACGCUCCUCGACCCGCCAGCUGGUGGGCGGCUGCUUAAGUACGGUGAGGUUGUGAACAAUAUCUCGUCCAGCGAUCUUCUAGAUCUACAAAUCUCAUUCCGAGCUUUCCGAAAUGCCUCAACUUCGGAGACGAUCGUUUUCUCCUAUACCACACCGGGCAGCGGCCAACAACACACAACCAGGCUUCUCGUAGAGUAUACCGGUCAGAAGGAAGACCUUGUGGCCCCGCAGCAGUUUGAGUGUUCCUUACAAGUGGUAGUCCACCCGCGCAAUAUCCGCGUUCCGCUCGGCAAAAGCAACCUACACUUCGUCGAUGCCAGGGAAGGCGGCGUCGACGCUGGCUUCGCGGCGAAUUGCGCACGCGAAGUGAUGUACGAAGUAAAGACAAUGGAUAGCGCAGUGAGUGGCUAUUUAGGGAAUGAGAAGGGCCACCAGAUAAGUAGCUUUUCUCAGGGUGACAUCAAUCAGGGCUCGGUUUUCUACUUCCCACCGAACGUGUUUCAUAGGGUUGGUGGGCAAAAAGCCAUUUUUGAGUUUCGGGUGUAUGAUGCUAUGGGAAAUACCGGGCCAACAAACAAUUUGCAGGUGUACCUGGAAGCUCUUAAAAUUAGCAAGACUGUCUCAAAGCAAAUUGUGUGCCGACAGCCGAAAGUCGUGCUUGGCAGCGAGCUUCUAUCGUUAGGCUAUAACAGCUCAUCGACGGUGCUUGGCGUGACUGUUUUGCCUAAAUCCGGUCGUUUGGUGAGGACGAGAAAUGGUGUCGAUAACGACUUUGUUAUUGGAGAUAGCUUUAGCCAAGGAGAGCUGAUCGCCGGAUGUAUAUCGUAUCAAAGUGGCUUUGCGCCGACGAGUGAUACAUUCGAGUUGUUGGCGGUAAAUCCAAAGGAUCACACGCUUCGGAGGCGUAAAGUGAAACGAUCACGGCUGAAGCGACGCAAGUUUAAAAGGAACGGUAUGCAGUACUUUAAAAUUGUUGUAAAGCUUAUCGUCGACGACCAGAUGACGGGGACCGAGGGUCGGCGAGAGCAUAGUCUUGAGCUGGUUGUUGACGAGGGACGCAAGAAUAGCAUUGUCCAGACGGGUUCGAAUUUUACCCUAGCCAGCAUACCGCGUCAUGGUCAGGUUUUUAUUGCCGUCGAAAAAGACGAUACGGUCCAGAUAACGUACGUUCAUUCGGGGAAAGAGGUUGGCUUGACAGAAAACAAAGAUCAAUUUGUUCUGGAAUAUUCACAGGGGCUAGCAAAAGUACACGUCCGGAUCAUCCCAGUUGAUAAUGCAGCACCCAUAAUCAAGGCGGCGCAUUUCUAUCAAGUUAUGGAGGCGGCGUCCGUCAAUUUGGACAUAGAAGUAUUUGACAUAGACUCGAAAGCGUUUUGGUGUCACAUCAUAGAGGCUCCCAGCUACGGCCGGUUAACUUUAAAUAAUGAUAACGUAGUAAACCAAAUAGACAACAAUAACGUUGAUCAGAUAGUGUACAGGCAAAUUGUUCACCGUUUCGUUGAACCGACUGAAGACCACUUUAGCCUAAGCUGCUCCGAUGGAAUCAACGUUAGCCCGCCAAAAAAAAUACAAAUAUCUAUAACUCCACAGAAUGACGAGACUCCUAGUCUUAAGGUGAUCAACGUGACUGUCCUCGAGGGUCGCGAAGCUCCGGUAAAAAUUGAAGCUGUCGAUGGGGACGUCCCUAGAGAUAAUCUCAGCUUUCGAAUUAAUCAUCUUCCGACGCACGGAAUCGUCGGCCUGCUCCAGCCAAACGGGCGUGUGGAGGCGAUGGUGAGUUUUUUCGAAAACGCUUUAACCUUGCUGAUGUACAAACAUGAUGAUUCAGAAAACCUGCGCGAUUCGUUUGAGGUGACGGUAAGCGACGGCAUCCACUCGAGUCGCCAGCGUAUUGCAGUAAAGGUGUUGGCUGUCGAUGAUGAGGCACCAACGGUUUUGGCCAAUAGAGGUCUUCAAGUGAAGAUCGGUGAUGCUUCAGUCAUCACCUCCGAGCAUCUCAAAAUAGUAGACGCGGACAGCGAUCCGACCUCUGUUCGUGUCAAUAUUGUCAAACAACCUCGAUAUGGCUCUAUUUGGAGAAAUGCCAACGACGCUGAGCUUAAUCAAACAAUCAUCUCGUCAUUUAGUUGGCAAGACUUAGAGUUCAGUCGCAUCUCGUACAUACACACAUCGGUGCUCUGCUGUACGAAUGAUAGCUUCGAGUUUGCCCUCAAUGAUGGCUUUAAUGAGGGCCCUCCACAUGUGUUCAACGUGACUGUUUUUCGUCCGGUAACUAUCGCCAUAGAAAACAAUAACCGAACGUUCGAGACAACGCUUAUAAACUGUUCACAACGUUUGCCGGAACUUAGCAGUAUUGCGGAUAUUGAUUGGAUUGAGAUGUCGCAAACGCAGAAACCUGUAAACGGGAAACUGGACAUCAUCGACCUCGGACAACGACAAGCGGCCUUUGAGUACAGGAUUAAGCCGAUGCUCGCGAAAGACGUUACCAAUGACACUUUUCACGUCCUUCUACAACGAGCUGGCCGCCAAAUCGAAAACGUUACAAUGAGCAUUCAUUGGUGCUGGCUUACGGUCUUCGUACCGUCUGACGUUUCUGCUGGAGAAACCCUUGAACUUCAAUUUCACAGGUCCGGUGGAGCGAGUACCCAUAUCGAGGGAAUGUUGGAGACUUCGGUGGGUGAAUUCGCAUUCUCAAUAGCACCUACCAUGCUAACGAAAACGGUUUCCCUACACGUUCCGGAAAGUCUGUCUGGACGACGUUUUUUGAUCCAUCUGAGCGCUGUUCGAGGCUGUUUACUUCAUGAUAAUUGUUCUACGGUAAAAGUAUUCAGUGUCAUUGUUCUGUCCACUGAAAAGGUUAUUCAUUUCGAAAAUGACGAACUGAGUAUUCAAGAGCCUGACAAGCCUUUUGUGAAGGAGAGGUUCUUUGUCCGAGUGGUCAGAAGGCCAUCCUCUGAACGAGUCGAUAUAAAGUUUCGGUUCUACACGAUAGUGGGAACAGCACGUUCAAAUGAAGACUUCGUCCCUGUGGACCAAGUUCUCACUCUUCAAGCAGAAGAUGACGCCAUUUCUGUACCGGUAGAAAUUCUUGGAGACGCUUAUCUUGAGACGGUGGAGUUUUUUUAUAUUUUGAUCGAACCACUCGAUGAACAUGUGCCAUUCAAGAUUUCGAAGGCUCGGGUGCGCAUUGAAGAUAGUCCUCUGCGGUUGACUUUUCGCCAUCGGCCACUUAUACUCGCAAUCAGCCCAGACACAGGAAAACUGAUGUCUCAUACUCGAUUCCUUCACAAAGGGACCACCCUUUAUUGUGCUUCGGCGUGCGACACGAAUCAUCCACAAUAUCCAUGUUUGGAGAAAGUGUCUAAUUCAACUAUAACCCGCUAUCAAUGGAAAGUGUCCACGGAAUUAAUAAAAAAUAGCCGUAAUCUGAUUUCCUCAGAUGCCCUCGUUCCUAUUAGGUCUCGGAGCUUCGUUGCUCGCACCGACAAAAUAAUCCUGCCUGGCUUUUUAUAUUUACUCCCAGGUUCAAAAGUGUCUUGCUCUGUAAAACUCGCUUCUAUUGAUAAAAAAGAGCCCGACGGUUUUUGGAUGGACUCAGAACAAUAUCUAGUGGACGACGGAUCCUUGUGUGGAGGUCGCGCAGGAUCUAAGCCCUUUUCGACCAAGUUAAGCCUAGACGAGAGCUCAGCUGGAGCACAGCCACGAAUCACGUUUUCACUAGCGUUAACGUUGCCUCAUCACGACGGAGCGUUACCGCUCUGGUCCACGCACUCCAUUACCCCAGGGGACUAUCAGAGGCCACUGUUUGCCACUAAGCACGUUUGUUCGAAUAUAGCUCCUGGCAACACAAGCGAUUUUCUAUCUGCUCUCGACCUGCGUUCAUGUACGUGGAAUUAUAAGCGAUAUUUUUCGCUUGGUGAGCUGUUAGCUUGCGGCGGUCGGCUUGAUCACAGCGACGGCGAAAAUGACGAUGAAGAUGGACAUACAGCCGCAUCUACAGUGACCAUAUCGUUGCCCAUGCACGUCAUGUAUUUGGUUCAUGGUCGUAGCGGUAGAUGGCAGCACGUGUCCGUAUCGAACGUGCUGCAUAUUGCCUUCGUUUACAAUAACUGGGCGGUUGGUGAAAGUGGAUUGUACAAGCGACGCGAUAUGCAUACAUCAGAAAUUUCUGGCAGCGCAGAUGUCGAUAGCGUCAGUGUUGACUCGAACAGGAAUCUUGUGGUGACUUUUCGAACCACAAUCAAGUUCCAUGGAAGGCUCGUAGUCGACAAGGAAAAAGUGCGAUGGAACGAAUCCCGGUUAACUUUAUCCCCACGACGAGGAGUACAAGCGGCAUUCUUGCUUCGGCUCGAGAAGCAGCUCUCAGAAACGGAAGCUCUGUGGACCUUAGGAUCGCUGGCUUCGCUUCCACAAUACACCGGCAAUUACAGUCUCGCCUUUUUCCCAUGCGUGGGCGCAACACCUGGAACAUGCCGUGUGCAACCUCAGUCCCCGCCUCUUCAGUUUACCCUACCAGUAGAAGUCGAGACACCCCAGGAUAUGGAGCAGCAAAGCUAUUCAAUGGACUCUGUUAUGGAACUGACCUCUGCCGAUCGAUGGUUAAGCAUGGAAACCGCGACGAACCAGACGAAUCAAUAUAGCAACCUCAGCAGUGUCUUCCAUCAAGGCGAAACAGUACUCGGCGUAGUUCGUACUUUUCUCGUCGGAAGUUCACCGGAAAGGUCUCCGUUAGUGGCGCGCAUUCGCCAGUGUUUUCUCUGCCACAAUAUUACGCGGACCACGACACCUCAUUUAUCAGUGAAGCCCAAUCAACAGCCCCUGCAUUGCCCAUAUAAGAUUAUCGACUGGGAAUCGUCAAAUGACUCCAGUGUCAUGUCUGCGCCUGAAAUGUCUUUCCAUGGCAGACUUGCUUCCCAACAUCGGCGUACGUUCUCAGCAGAACUUCUUCAGCGUCUGGAUUCUCUGGGCGCGGACGGUUUUACAUUCGAUAUUGAUAGUCUGUUCGCUUGGGAACCAGUGGAUGACAAACAUCCAUGGCAUGUGCACUGUAUUUUCUCCGUCCUCGAACAAUCGGCCGGAACACCGGGGCGCUUUCGACGAAAUUCUGCUUUUGAGCAUUGGCCAAAAGAGAUUGUCCUGCAAAAAUCACUUGAAUUGCUUUUGGCUAAAACAAACUCUAGUGCUUCGUCGGUAACGAAAGCUCAGCAGGCUCUUUUAGCAACAGCGUGCGCUAAUAUCGUCGGGGUUUUUUUCUGUGGAGCUCUCGUUGUCCUUCUUUUUUUCGCUGUUUUUAGGCUCCGAAAAGAGAAUUCUGUUGUGUCGACUUAUAGAACGGUUCCUGUGGCGAAUGAAGUUAUCUCUCAAAGCGGACAACAGGAGACUCUGCUGUAGUCAAUAUGGUAUCAUUUUCUGACUAUUGUGAACGUGCGAAAAAAAACCGGGUCUCUGUGUACGUAAACUUGGAUUAUAAUCUGAGUUACAUCUGCCGCCGCACCUCUAAAGAUAUUUGCGAAAGAGCUAAGGGCUGUAGCUGUUAUAGAUAGCAGAGACUGGUCGCACUAGCCACAAUUUCUAGUCGAUUAAGAUAAACGAAUUACAUUUAUAUAUAUAUAUAGGCAACUAACGAUACUUUUGUACAUAAAAAGAAUACUUAUAAUGUCGAGUGUGUGAACGUACGCCUACGCUGUGCACUAUAUCGAAAGGUCUAGAUUUUUCAUACUGUGAUGAAAUAAACUGUACAUAGAGCAAAGAAGAUGAGUUGUAAGUAUGAGUGUAGAAAUUUUAGGGUAAUGCAUAGUUUUCCCAGAUGGUAAUGUAGCGUACUUUCUAUGACCGAGUUUCAUACAAUACGUUUUGUUCUCGUACAUUUUACUAUUAGAGUGAGACAAAUGCGCUUCAAGUGAAGUCGGGAUCAGUUUAAAUAGUCUUCCAUAAUUAUGGUGCAGAAACGAUCACUUGCUAUCUACAGACGCAAAGGUCGUUAUGACUGUAGCUAGUCGAGAUGAAGUUAGUGGUUCAUACCUGGAAAUUAUGGCGUGGUUGAAAAGUAGAGCCGUUUGAAAAAGAACACGGAGUAUUAUUGCUCCAUGGCUAAGUUAGUUUCUUCGGCUGCCAGAAGGCACUUAAAAUGUAUUGUUUAAAUGAAAACGCCCCCUUUGAACUACUAUCGUAAUUUAUUUGCUUGAUUAAUUGUUCCGUAGUAUAAAAUCGUCUUUUCUCGGGUGUUUCUUUUCAGGUUAUUCGUUCACUUUAUUUAAUGAUGCGAAUAUUAAUAAUUAUUAUUAUUAUUUAAUUCCAAUUCAUCUUAAUAUAGUUACUUGCAUUUAUCUUCAUCACUGUUUCCUCACAAUAAUCUAUAUAAUGUCUCUUCAACAUGUCGUCGAGUGUUUUUACAAAAAACCAUUGCCGUCUAUGUGUUUGUGUUGUAUAUUGUUUCGUGGGUCGAGGUGGUGGUGGUGCG